AUGCCACACAGCGUGCGCAAUGCGCACAAGGCGACCAAAAGUGGUACGCAAAGGCGCGAGGAGAAUGUUGCCGUGCAAACCCCCGCCGAGUACGACAGAGCUGCCACCGGACAGACCAUGCUGAAUCGUUGGGCCACUACGACUUCUCACAAGGAGCUGUCCAUUUCCGAGGUCCUUCAACAGCCCCAGCAGCCAAAGGGCAGAUCUUCCACCAAGAAGUGA